GCCGGGCUGUCUAUGAUUGAACUGUGGUUUUUUGACUAAUUCCUUAUAAAUUUGCAUUAAACAAUCAUCCACCUGUGCUUAUUGCGAAGAAUACGUUAGGAUGACCGCCUUCGAAGAAUUCGGCGUAAUGCCAGAGAUCGGUAAAGCAAUCGAUGAGAUGGAAUGGAUGUUGCCGACGGAUGUGCAAGCGGAAGCGAUUCCGCUAAUCCUCGGUGGUGGCGAUGUGCUGAUGGCAGCCGAGACGGGUAGUGGCAAAACGGGAGCCUUUUGCUUGCCUAUCUUACAAAUUGUGUGGGAAACAUUGCGUGACAUUAGAGAGGGCAAAGCGGGUAAGCCGAUGGGCCAUAAGGGAAAGCCCUGGACUUUGUCGUUUACUGAUCGAGGUAACGCGAUGGCCAUCACCCCGGACGGAAUGCGAUGCCAGUCACGCGAGUUUAAGGAAUGGCACGGCUGUCGGGCGACGACCGGCGUUCGCGGCAAGGGCAAGUACUACUAUGAAGCAACUGUAACUGAUGAGGGCCUCUGUCGAGUUGGGUGGUCUACAGAACAUGCCAACUUAGACUUGGGAACCGAUAGGUUUGGCUUUGGCUUUGGCGGAACAGGGAAAAAGUCGAAUUGCAAGCAGUUUGAUAGCUACGGAGAAGCUUUUGGUAAAAUGGACGUGAUCGGUUGCUUACUGAACCUAGAUCAGGGAGAAAUCAGUUUUACAAAAAAUGGUGUCUCACUUGGCUUAGCUUUCAAAAUAAACGACGGUAAUCUGCGCAAUGCAAACUUUUUCCCAGCUGUCGUCCUGAAGAACGCAGAAAUGUCCUUCAAUUUUGGGGAAACGGAUUUUAAAUAUCCAAUUCCUGAUGGUUUUACUGCGGUAUGUAAUGUAUCCCAUGAACAGCUCGCAGUAAACCCAAACACGGGAAACGCAGGAGCUACACAAGACGUCAAACCAAAACCGAAUGCUCCUCAGGCUCUUGUAAUUGAACCAUCUCGUGAGUUGGCCGAACAAACCUUCAACCAAAUUCAGAAAUUUAAGAAACAUCUAAAAGACCCAGAAGUAAGAGAAUUGCUUCUCAUCGGAGGUGUUAAUAUUAAAGACCAGAUGGAAGUCCUUCAACAAGGUGUUGAUAUUAUUGUAGCCACCCCGGGAAGAUUGGAAGAUCUCAUAAGCAACGGUUAUGUUUUACUAAACAGCUGUCGUUUCUUUGUUUUGGACGAAGCUGAUGGUUUACUUAAGCAAGGCUAUACAGAGUUAAUCGAGCGUUUGCACAAACAAAUUCCCAAGAUUAAUGCCGAUGGGCAGCGACUGCAGAUGGUUGUUUGUAGUGCUACGUUGCAUUCGUUCGAGGUCAAAAAGCUAGCCGAAAGGCUUAUGCAUUUCCCAACAUGGGUAGAUUUGAAGGGAGAGGAUGCUGUACCAGAAACCGUUCAUCACGUUGUAUGUAUCGUUGAUCCACAAAAGGACAACAGCUGGCAGUCGAUGCGAACACACGUGCAAACCGAUGGAGUGCACGCCAAAGACAACGUACGGCCGGGAUCGAAUACUGCCGAAACUCUCUCUGAAGCGGUUAAAAUGCUCAAAGGCGAAUAUACGAUCAGAGCGAUCCAGGAGCACAACAUGGAUCGUGCCAUUAUUUUCUGUCGUACAAAGCUCGAUUGUGACAACAUGGAACGUUACCUUCGACAGGUUGGUGGACACAAAUUUUCCUGUGUUUGUCUUCAUGGUGAUCGAAAGCCGCAAGAGAGAAAAGCUAACUUGGAAAAGUUUAAAAACAAACAGGUUAAAUUUCUUAUCUGCACCGAUGUUGCGGCCCGAGGUUUGGAUGUAAGCGGUCUUCCGUUCAUAAUAAACGUUACGUUGCCGGACGAGAAGAGCAACUAUGUUCACAGAAUCGGUCGCGUAGGACGUGCUGAACGCAUGGGUCUAGCGAUUUCACUGGCAUCUACGGUCCCGGAGAAAGUCUGGUAUCAUGGCCAGUGGUGUUCAUCACGUGGUAAGAACUGCUGGAACACUAACUUGACCGAUGUACAAGGAUGUUGCAUGUGGUACGAUGAAAAGAUGUAUUUGGCCGAAAUAGAGGACCACUUGAAUGUUACCAUUCAACAAAUUGAUAAAAAUAUGAAAGUCCCAAUGAACGAAUUUGAUGGUAAAGUUACGUACGGCGAGAAACGAUUAAACACCGGUAGUGGUUACAAGGAUCACGUAGAGCAACUGACACCUGUUGUAAAGGAAUUGGCCCGACUGGAACGGGAAGCGCAAAAUUUAUUCCUGAAGCGUUCCUUGAUGGCGCAGUAAAUGUUUUAAAAAUACAUGCUUAAAUAUAGUGUUUCUUAUCUCCGAGAAUGCUUAAUACAUUCGAAACUCUGAUAAAUAACUUAUCAAAAUAAACUAAUAAACCAAGUCCUGUUCAUUAACUA